AUGGCACAUGUGCCGAUCUCGCCUCGAGUCCGAUACAUUGCGGAAACUGUGUCUCGCCUCCAUGCACAGGUGGAAAUCCAGCUUGCUGCACUGGUGUAUGUACUGAUCUCAGCACUGACAUCCUCCACUGCGGCAACUGCACAGCCUUCCCUUGUCUGGGAGUCAUACCUGCAUGCUGCAAUGGAACUUGCACCGAUCUGGCUUCGGAUAAGACACAUUGCGGCUCUUGUUCUAAACCAACUUGCACUGGUGUCAAUCCGGCCUGCUGUUUGGGAACAUGCAGCGAUUUAA